AUGCAAUAACAAACAGGAAAAUUCAUGGAAUUCAUUAAUAGUAGCGACAAGCUAAGAAUGAAUGAGUUGAAACAAAUAGAACAAGAAUAAUACUAUAUUAGUUAGCUGAAAGAAUAAAGGGAGAGAAUGGAAGUUCUAAAAGUUGAAUUUUUGAAGAAGGAUUAGGUAAUUGGGGAAUUGUAGAUUCAAAAUUAGAAUUUGAUGGAUGAUCUUUCAGAGCUCCGAGCUGCUUUAUAAGAACAGAUGAAAAAUCAAGAGAAAGAGAUGAAUAGAUCCAAGAAAUACAUUUAAGAAAGAGAUGACUUAAUGAGAGAUUUUUAAGAGUUAAGUGACUUAGUAUAACAUUUGAGAAAGGAAAAUGAUAAUUUGAAUUCGUUACAUUUGGAUUAAUAGCGACAAAAAGAAGAGCAGAGAAUGUAAUGGGAGAUAGAAAAUGAGUAAUUGAAAGCUGAAAUCUAAAAGUUAGAUAAUUUAUUAUUUGCAAUGGAACCUAUAAAAGAGGAAAAUCAGAUAUUGAAAGAAGAAUUGAAGAAUUACAAAAGUGAGAGAAAGAAAAUCUAGAAUGAAAUGAAAUAAAAUAGGAUAGAAAUAAAUAAAUAAUUAGAGGAAUUAAAGCAAGUGAUAUAGGAUUAAUAGUAAGAGAUAAAGAAAUUGCAGUAGUAUAAGGAAAGUCAUCAUUAGAUGAAAUAUUAGUUAAAUGAAUUAGAUAGACAAAUGGGAAUAGUGAAGUAAGAGAAUGAGAAAAUGAAAUAGGAAUUGAAGAGAUUUUAUGAAAAGGAAUAAAGUGAGAUAAAGAGGAAAUCUGAAAUUGACAGAGUGAGACAAGAUUUAAUUUCAGUAAGGAAUUAGGAAGUCGAGAAAUUAAAUGAAAUAUUUAAGGGUAUGUAAAUUCCUUGA